AUGGCCGUGUUGCUGGCGGUGCUGCUUCUGCUCCAUGUGGGGGGAAGCCUUGCCGUCACCGUUGCUCAGAGAGAGACCAACGCGCUGUUAUCGCUGAAGUUGACGCUCAAGGGCGAUACCGUUCUGAAGAACUGGCUUUUCGGCAAAGCUGCAUGCGCGAAUGCGUUCACGGGUGUCAAGUGCAAUAAAGGGGUCGUCGUAGGGCUGUCACUGCCGAAGAAGGGUCUGACCGGCAGCAUCGGAACGGUUGUGGGCUACCUCAACAAUCUGCAGACUCUGGACCUCUCCGGGAAUGCCAUCACCGGUUGGAUUCCCGACGACGUGGCGUUCUGCACCGCGCUCACGUCCAUCAAUCUCAGCAACAACAAGUUAUCGGGCGCUCUUCCCGACAAGCUCGGCAACCUCCUGUACCUCAACACCUUGAUGUUGAGCGGCAACGCGCUCAAGGGUGACGUGCCGGUGAACCUGUUCAGCGCCAAGAGGCUCAGUGUGCUGCUUCUCAACAACAACCAGCUCACGGGCCGCAUCUCCGAACUCACCGGCCAACCCACCACGACGUUCACUAACGUUGACCUGUCCAACAAUAAGAUCACCGGACCCCUGCCGCCCCUGCUUGUGCGCUCAGCCAACCUCAAGAAUCUGAACCUCGCCAACAAUGACUUCUCUGGCGGCUUGCCUGUUGGAUGGCUGGGCAUGAAUAAUCUUAAGACCUUGUCUGUGGCCGGCAACGCUUUAACUGGACCCAUCCUUCCUGGCCUCGCCACCCUCAAAUCUCUCACCACUGUGAACUUCGCCAACAACAAGUUUUCAGGCACAGUCGGGAAAGCGUUCAAGAAGUUUAAGACUGGUUUCAAGGGCAACGCCCAGCUCUGCGUUGACUUCAAUGGUGAUGGCAAGUGUGAGCCUGCGACCUAA